GGAAGGAGGCAGUAGCUGUAUUCUUCCUAUACUUCUAAUAGCACAAGAUGUAACCUCAACAAUGGAACAUCUAUGGUGACUUUACUCGACAUUCAUACCACAACUAGAGGGGACUUAUCUUUCAAAACAUUUUUCCCGCUUGUGGAUAUUAUUGGUUUUCUAUUACAUACUCGUAAUGCGUCUGGGAGGUCGCUGGCUGAGUGUGUGUGCUUUGUGGAUUCUAGUGGAAGUGUCCGGCAGCAUUAAACAAUGUUUGGAUGGAGUUAUGAUCAAUGUGAUUCUUCUCCAAGACAAAGACGUGCCAUGGAGCCUUCAAUAUGUGGAAGGUGAAAUCAAGAGGGCCAUCGAGAAGGACGCCAACAUCAAUGCUGCAAAUGGUAUGAACAUCAGUCUCAAGGCCAACUUUGCUGGAUUUGCCACAACUUACUAUAAUAGAAAGGGCUGCCACAGUACCACAUGUGAAGGACUGGCUGAGUACAGAAAUUUGACAGAUACAAAGCAGCUGGGAUGUGCUGUGUUAGGACCCACCUGCACCUAUGCCACCUACACAAUGGUCAAUUUGGAGCAGGGUCUAAACAUCCAGACUCCUUUCCUCUCCGCAGGCAGCUUUGGUCUGUCCUGUGAUAACACCAGAAACCUCCAGCGUCUACUGCCUCCAGCGCGGAAGGUCUCCAGCUUCUUCAUUCAGUUUUGGAAUUAUCAGGACAAGCUGAAACCUAAGUGGGAAGAAGCGUAUGUGUAUAAGAAACAGAACAAUACCGAGGACUGCUUUUGGUACAUCAACGCCCUGGACUCAGACACUACAGAUUUCGCGAAAAACAUAAGCAAGGAAGCCAUACGCAGACCCGAGGAGUUAAGAUACGAGUUAGCUUUAAAAAACAGGACAAGCAACCUAUUUAUCAUGUGUGGAUCUCCAGCAGACGUGGAGGAGGCGAAGAGGGGCAUCCCAGAGGCAGAUAACAGCGAUAUCCUCUUCUUUCUCAUUGACCUUUACAAUGAUGAGUAUUACAAGAACAAAACAUCAAUUCCACAGAUGAAAAAUGUACUUGUUCUAACGAUGCCCGAUACAAGGAACUACAACAUCAGCACAGGCCCAGAUAACAAGAUGAACGACUACAUCGCUGCUUACCACGACGCAGUGCUGUUUAUUGGUGAAGUCAUAAGAAAGAUGGUCCCAAAAAUUAAUUUGGAGAGAAAAAGUGCUCCCUUUCUAUAUGCCAGUCUCUUCAGAAACAACUCUUUUAAUGGAACAGCUGGAACAUACCAUCUGGAUCAGAAUGGGGACAGAGAUGUGACCUUUUCCAUUAUUUACACCACAACAGACAACAAAUACAAAAUGUUAUACACUUUUGACACUGAGACGUUAUCUACUGAUAUGUCCGAUACAGACCCAGCUUUUAUUUGGGGCAAGAAACUCCCAAAGGGAAGUCCAGACAGAGUUCCAGACACUGAGGACAUCAUAGUGACUGUUCUGGCUGUCACUGUGGUAGUUGUGGCCACCAUUGCCUUCAUUUUCUACAGACAGAACAAAAAAGAAAGACGACUGCGAAAGCGCUGGUCCCACAUAAACUCUGACCUUGUUUCUUUGCUGGAGGACAAUGAACAUAAUGUUGUAUCUCUCAAGAUUGAAAAUGAGAGUAAAAAAAAGAACUUCAAUAUCCGUAGAGCGCUUUAUGACAAGAAGAUUGUGAUUCUGAAGGAGUUGAAGCACACAGAUGGGAACUUUGAUGAGACCCAGAGGAUUGAGCUGAACAUGCUGCGUCGCAUUGACUACUACAACCUGACUAAGUUUUAUGGCACGGUGAAGUUUGACCAGGGCGUGUUUGGAGUGUUUGAGUAUGGAGAGCGAGGAUCUCUCAAGUAUGUGCUCAAUAACAAAGUGUCCUACCCAGAGGAGACCUUCAUGGACUGGGAGUUUAAGAUCUCCGUCAUGUACGACAUUGCCAAGGGCAUGUCCUAUCUCCACGCCAGUGACCUCCAGGUCCACGGGCGUCUCAAGUCCACCAACUGUGUAGUGGACAACCGCAUGGUGGUCAAGAUCACAGACUUUGGCUGCAACACAUUACUGGUCCCUGUCAGAGAUUUAUGGACUGCACCAGAGCAUUUGAGGAAACAGGGCACAUCUCAGAAAGGCGACGUGUACAGCUUUGGCAUCAUCGCUCAGGAGAUUGUCUACAGAAAAUGCACUUUCUACACCGAGUGUUGUUCAGACAGAGCGGAAAAGCUGUCCCGAGUGCAGUGUCCAGGGGUGACCGUCUUCAGACCUGACCUCAACUUUAACACAGAGUUGGAGAGAGAACUAGAAGUGUUCACGCUGAUUAAAAGCUGUUGGGACGAAGAUCCAGAACGCAGGCCAGACUUUAAGAAGGUGGAGAACUGUCUGGAAAAGAGCAUUAGUAAAAUCCAUAACCACGACAACGAGAGCUACUUGGACAACAUGAUCCGACGCCUGCAGAUGUACUCAAAGAACCUGGAGCACCUGGUGGAGGAGAGGACCGCGCUGUACAAGUGUGAGAGGGACCGGGCCGAUUACCUCAACUUCAUGCUCCUCCCAGGACCGGUGGUGAAGAGCCUGAAGGAGAGCGGUGUGGUGGAGCCCGAGCUGUACGAGGAGGUCACCAUAUACUUCAGCGACAUCGUGGGCUUCACCACUCUGUGUCAGUACAGCACCCCCAUGGAGGUCGUGGACAUGCUCAACGACAUCUACAAGAGCUUCGACAGCAUCGUAGACGACCAUGAUGUCUACAAGGUGGAAACCAUAGGAGACGCUUACAUGGUGGCCUCGGGGUUACCCAAGAGGAACGGAAACAGACACGCCGUGGACAUCUGCCACAUGGCCCUGGACAUACUGACGUUCAUGGCGACGUUCCAGCUCCGACACCUGCCUGGCAUCCCAGUCUGGAUACGCAUAGGGGUGCACUCAGGUCCCUGCGCAGCUGGUGUGGUCGGGGUAAAGAUGCCCAGAUAUUGUUUAUUCGGGGACACAGUGAACACAGCGUCUCGGAUGGAGUCAACAGGACAUCCUCUGAAGAUCCACGUGAGUCAACCCACCAUUGAUAUUCUCAAAAGAACAGAGUGUGAAUUUGAGUUUGAAUAUAGAGGGGACACUUUUCUGAAGGGUAAAAAAGCAGAGCCGACAUACUGGUUGACAGGAGAAAAGGGGAAGAACUUUGACCUCCCAACUCCGCCCACAGCAGAGAACUUCCAGCGGUUGCAACAGGACUUGGCCCACAUGAUCGUGCAGUGUCUGGACCAGCGUCCCAGAGGCUCCAUCAGGAAGAAGAAGCCCCUGCUGAGUCAGAGCAGCACAGGGUCCCAGGAGGAGCAGGGGCUGGGCUGUGAGAGAGAGCAGCCGGAGUACCUCCACCUGGUCACCGUGGACAACACCCUCAGCACGUUUCUGUAGGACGUCCACCAAAAGACUCAAGUGUGCCGAAGAAGCCGGGGACUAUCAGGAGGAUGCAUAUGUCACACAGGGCACAUCAAAACUAGGAAGAAAUAGCCAUUGUCUUUUUGCGAUCUGGUGUCUACUGACGUCAUACAACUCACCACUAAAGUUCUAUGUUAAGAGACUACAAUGCAAUAUAGAGAAGGUUCCAGUGGUGGUCAUCUGGACACCGUUUUAUGCAGUCAGGGUGUUUCGGCGCCCUUCCAAACGCUAUUUUCAGUUUGAUGGUACUGACUUGAAGUACUGGCAUUUAUAGUACUUUAAGUCAACCAAGUCUAGCCUCAAAGGGAGUAGAUUUAUACCGUUUACUAGUUAGCCAGUACCAUCAAAUUGAAAACGUCUUCUGGAUGAGAGCUGAAAUGUCUAUGAUUGCAAAAAGUGUCCAGAUGACCCGUUGAAACCUUCUCUACGUUGACCCACGCCUGGAUGAAUGAGGAAUUACGUACACGGCAAUGUUUCAAUGCAGCACGGAUGGGCUUUAGACGGUAUUGUCAAAGAGUGGGUUUAUUUUCACUGGGUCUGUGGAAAAAGCAGCACUUCUCACAGCCGUUAGUUCACGAAUUAAUUGUUUUUGGUCAUCAUGUACACCAAUGACGCCGCAGAUAAUGUAACUAACCAGGAAGAAAUAGUCUAAAGUCUGUAUAAAUUCAUGUAUCGCUAUAAUAUAUUGAGCUAAUCACUGUUGUUUCGCCCUGAUAUAUUUGGUCACAGUUAAUAAUGCUGCAGCAAUUUCAUUCUGUCAGUUCUCCAAUUCCAGGACUGGCGUACGGAAAUCUUGCUGUACUAUAUUAGACGCCUCGUUUGCUGUAAGAAAUAUCGUACUGUUUAUAAAUAGCAGAGUAAAUGACGACCACAGACUCAAAGUUGUGUGAAGUUAAUGGACAUCUAUAAAUGGGUGAAUAAUGCACUUGUAAUCCUGUAUAUAUUAUUUUGUCUGUUUCGUUGAAUUGAUAUGUGCCUGAAAAAAAGUAUAUUUUGCUCACAUUUUGACUACUACUAUGACAAAAAGCAUCACAACGUUUUGAUACCAUAGGACCAUGUUUUAUUGAGAAUGGUGACAAUCAUUUAUGUAUAAAAUGAGCAGUCACAUUGAAGUUGUUUUUUUUUGUCUUGGUCCUAACAGAGUACAGGUGAAUGAAAACAAAAAGCAGUGUUUGGAGUCUACAAAGGUGUAUAUGAGAUUUUACUUUUCCCGUCACAUUUAAUUGUAUGUUCAAAUGACCAGCUAAAACAUCCAAUGUUAGGCCAGUAUUUGUUGCAACAGGGAAUGCUCUUAUCUUAAAGGACACGUACUAUGCAACUUUUAACAGUACUGUACUGUUGUUACCUCAAAAACAUACUUUAUUCUACAUAUUUUGCUUCAUUAACGCUUGUUUCAUGAAUUCUGUUUACGAAUUGCUCUAUUCACCCAAUUAAAUUCAAUUUUCCUUGAAUUGUAGCAUCAUAGGUAGAUAUUCUGCACAGUUUAAGUCCAUAAGUCAUCACCAGAUGCGCUGAGCAUUUCUAAAUUGUGUUCACUACAACACUGUGCUCACAUUAGCAAACUGGCUACGUUGUUUAUAAUGGCCAACUUCUUUGUUUGUUUUUUCAUGGUUCAUUCAAAGAGCAUGUUUAAAGGCCAGUAACUAUACAAAUAAUGCAUAAUAUGUGUCCUUUAAACACAUAAAACAAACUUGGUGUUGAAAUAAAAACAUUCAAGUCAUGUACAAAAUAAAAUACAUGCAAAAAAACAGUGAUUUCGUGAACUACAAACCAUCAAGACGGUGAUCAAAGCUAUGGUCAAACCUUAGGUAGAAAAAAUAUUCACUAAAUUACAAUAACACCCCUUUUAUCAGUAACAUUCAAAAAACAAUAAAUUAGACAACAAAACAUGUAAAAAUAGUUUUCAAAAAGACUGAUAUAAAACAGCUUGAUCAUUCCUCAGUGUGUCUUGCCUUGUUUACAGCGACACAACACCACACACUGGAAGUUAUGUACAAUUACUGGUACCACUUUAGAAUAACUACUCUUUAAUUCACUCCAAUAAAGCACAAAGACUUAAACCAUAAUGAACAAAUAGUGCCAAUUGUCGCACUUCCUGAUUCUCGGACAAAAAAAUGAUUUAUAAUUAGAUGCAGAUAGAACACAGCUGACUUAUUUUGACCUUGACGAAAUAUAUCUGUAUUGGGGCAGGACAAAUUUAGUUUAAAUACAUGGGGAAAAACAUCUGGUAUGGCCAUUUAAUCAAAACCCUAAUUCCUAAACCCAUAAAGUAAGUAGUUAGUAAGGCUUAAUCACUCUUAAUAAGCCAUUUGUUCAUUCUGAAUUAGGUCUUUUUUCAUGAUUUAUAAAAGGGCUAAUUAAGGGUCGGUUAUUAUAAAGUGGUACCCAGUUACCAUUACAGGAUAACUAUUGAAGUUUGCAUGUUACAGUAGAUUUGAUGUGCUGUUUAAACUCAAGGCACCAGAUGAUCAAAACAAAAGCUUAACUGGUCAGUCAGUCUUUUGCCUCCACUUUAAAGUUGUCUGUAGUUGAACUUAAGCAUAAAUAACAGCAUGAUCAUUGUACAGUAGUUCUACAAAGUCUACCAGGGUUUUCAAAACUUCUCGCUAUAUAAAUAUACACUUAAACUUUCAGAUACACAGACGAUACACUGAGGCUACUUUUGUUCUAAACAUGAUUCAUGAAUUAUUGAAAAAAAAGAAAAGAAAAGGAACUGCCUAUGGGUUGCAAUGACAUUUUAAAUUUUGAAACAAGUGAGCAGGGGCAUUAUAACUCUAGGUGAGGCACUAUUUUGCGGAUCCAAAUGGAAAAUUCUCAAAUGUUUAAUCUAAUAAUUGUCUUUAAGUCUUCGAGUUAAUGAUUUGUAUAGCUACUUAUGUAAUGCCAUCCCUUUUUGAUGCUAAAAAAUACAUACUAGCUUAAACAUUUGCAUUUUGACUUGAUUGCGAACUCUAGCAUAAAAUAUCUUGCCUUCUCCAUUGUUUUGACAUUAUGUAGACUUAAUGGAGCUGUCUGAUUGUCUGACACUGAAAUUCUCCCAGGCAAUGAGCCAAUAAUAUUAGUGUUUUUCCUGUCGAUGCAGCUCCGCCUACAAGGGGUCAGGAACAAACUGGGGAAGUCCCGCCGGCACAAAUAACCGCACUGGUCAGAGUUACAGGGAAAAGCCAAACAAAUGCAUCUUAAAAAUUAAAUCUGGGACCACUGAUAUGCCAUCUAUAUAUUAGACUUGGCAGGCCAGUAUCAAAUAACUAGUGUUUUGAAAAAUCUCAGUAUAUAGAAGGUAAGCUAGUUGCUACUCAAGCUACCCAAAUUAGCUAGUUAUCUUAGCAUAUGGGUAGUAGGGUAUAUGUUGGUACUUUAAAAUUUCAUGCUAUGCCUACGAAGAAACAAUAACGGACUUUUUCAAAAUUUAAAAAUAGUCUGGGUACCCUCUUUUAGCAAUAAUGUUCACAAAAAUAUAAAAGAAAAAGGGGAGUUUGUUAACACCAUUGUCUGAUUGGUUUGCACAUCAACGUAACUGCAUUUAGAGGUAGCUUAAAUUUGUUCUAUCAGUAGACAAUUUCACUAGAAUUCUUUUAGGAAAUCAAGGAAAUUGACA